AUGCCCGGCCAGAACAUCACUACACACGCGCGCCUCGCGCUCCACGUCCGCGCUCAUGCCCGGCCAGAACAUAAUUUCGCGUGCGCGCCUCGCGCUCCACGUUCGCGCUCAUGCCCGGUCAGAACAUCGAUUCGCGCGCGCGCCUCGCGCUCCACGUCCGCGCUCAUGACCGGCCAGAACAUCACUUCGCACGCGCGCCUCGCUCUCCACGUCCGCGCUCAUGCCCGGCCAGAACAUCACUUUGUGCGCGCGCCUCGUGCUCCACGUCCGCGCUCAUGCCCGGUCAGAACAUCGCCCGUGCCUACACAUGUUAUGCUAUCACCCAUGUAG